CAGCCCUUGUAAGCUACCGAACCCUGCCCGUAAACCAAUCAUUGGCACUCUAACUCAGUUUCGAGUCACUCAGUAUCACUGAUCGCGACAGACAAUUAAGCCGUGUUAAACUUUCAUGACUAGAUAUAAUCGUGACUUGGAGAGCAUUUGACGCGUCGCGCCAGCGUUUAGGUGCAAUAAUGUACGGCAAGCUCACAGAGCCCUCGGAGGUAAAACACCCCUAUUACCCCUUGGGCGUUGAGAUCCCUCACUAUGUCGUCAACACCACACCUGUGCCUGUCUUAUUGGCCGCUCUGGCCGGUAUGCUCGGUUCAGUGCUGUUAGCGACAAACAGACUGGCACUACGCUUCAACCCUGAUUUGUCGAGAACUCAGUUAGCAGUCUUUGGCUGGUUCGUUCUGUGUGGUUCGCUGCACUGUUUCUUCGAAGGAUACUUUGUCUUCAACCACGCUACCGUUGCCUCAUCACAGAACCUCUUUGCUCAGUUGUGGAAAGAGUAUGCGCUUUCCGACUCGCGGUAUCUGACCUCAGACCCAUUCAUGCUGAGCGUCGAGAGCAUUACAGUGUUUCUAUGGGGCCCGCUCUCCUACUUGUGUGCUUUGAGCAUUGUCAAAGAGCCAUACCUGCGUCAUCCGCUGCAGAUAAUCAUGUGUAUGGCGCACCUCUAUGGCGUCGCGUUGUAUUAUUCGACCAGUCUGGUCGAGACGUAUUUCACCGGUCGAGCGCACAGCCGACCAGAGUUCCUCUACUUUUGGGUAUACUACGUCGGGUUCAACGCUCCCUGGGUCGUGGUGCCCGCUCUCUUGCUGGCUGAUAGUCUAAGGACUAUCACGAGAAAACUGAAGAGUCUAGAUGCUGUGAGAGCUGGGCUGGAUGGUUAUCAAUUGAGGAAUGGGGAUAUACAGUCGAGUCUUGCAGUCAGAAAGACGCAGAAGAAAGAACAAUAAUCAUGUCUACAUCGACACAUUAUGGUGUUCCUGGUUUGUUCAUGAAUAAGCCGUCCGCACUUGCUUCAAAUAAGUAUGGCCAGGAGACUCACCACGAUAGGCAAGCUAUCAUUAUGAAAGUUUAAUAACAUCGCAUAAAUUGAACAUGAA